AUGCCAGAUGUAAGACUUCGAGUACUCAACCAACCUUGGAAAUCAUUUUUCUUUUUACUCUUCGGUAACAACAACAUCAUCUGCAUCACAAGUUUAGGUAUGAUACAGAACUUCGGUUCCAAUGCUUUGGUUGAGGUAGUUAAUAGGCCCUCCGAUGGAGGAGUAACUGCUCUGCAUAUGGCUGCGUUGAAUGGCCAUGUUGAAAGUGUACAGUUGCUUCUGGAUUUGGGGGCUUCCGUUUCUGAGAUAACUGUGGAAGAUGGAACUACGAUUGACCUCAUUGGUGCUGGAAGCACAGCCCUCCAUUAUGCUGCAUGUGGUGGAAAUGCACAAUCUUGUCAAAUUUUGAUAGCCAGGGGUGCCAGUCUGACUGUUGAAAAUGCAAACGGAUGGACUCCCUUGAUGGUUGCUCGUUCAUGGCAUAGAAAUUGGCUCGAGGAGAUCCUAAGCACACCGCCAGAAGGCCGACCUCAUAUUUUUCUUUCGCCUUACCUAUCUAUUCCUCUUAUGAGCAUUGUCAAAAUUGCUAGAGAAUGCGGAUGGAGAAAUUUUGAUUCAUUGCCUAGAUGCCACGAUCCAUGUGUUGUUUGCUUAGAAAGACGGUGCACAGUGGCUGCAGAAGGUUGUGAUCAUGAGUUCUGCAUACGGUGUGCCUUGUACCUUUGUUCUACGAAUUGUACAUCGACUCUUUCUCAUGGUCCACCGGGCUCGAUUGCGUGCCCUCUUUGUCGGAAUGGCAUAGUCUCAUUUGCCAUGCUUGCGGGCACAAAACCAGCGGUGAAGGAGAUUGCAAGAACAAGUCUGUCCCUAACAUUGUGCACUUGUUCCGGUGAGGCACCAAUAGAGUCGACCUCACUAACAACGCCAUUUUGCAAACCAGACUUUUGUUGCUCGAGAACCUCCCCUCCGGGAUCCUCUUUCCGAUCCCUUAGCUGUCAAAGGUUCCAAUCAAUGAAAAUCAAUUCAAGCCUUUGCAUGGGAGCUCCAGACGUCAGUCCUUCGUUAAUUCCUUGCAAUAUCGAUAGGAACUUGCGAAACCACUUGGCUAGGUGUUCAAGAUCGGGUUUUAGACGGUCCACUUCUCACAAUGAGGGCAGAAGAUCGUGGUUCUCUGCUCUUAAUCAGUACGCAGCAACUGGUAGCGGAUGCUAAGCAGUUCAUUUUCGCCGCAAUUAAGCAUCUCAUUGUUUGUUCCUAUAAUGAAGAAUUCUUUGAUGUAUUUUCCUCAUAUACAUCAGUGAUUAUUUGAUCAUUUAAGAUCAAAGCAUUUUUCUAGUAAUAAGGACCCUUUUUUUUUUUUUUUGAAGUAGUAAGGACUAUUUUGUGUGUAAAUAUUACGUACAAUUAUCAAAAACUGGUGGACUUUAGAAUAAAUUGAACGAACUAGUGACUUUCCGUUACAAGCUCCUUGGGACUGCCUUUUUUUUUUUGUUAAGUUAUUAAU